AUGGAGGAGACGACGGACGUGGUUGCCGCACCCUCGGAGGAAAUCGUGCCCGACGAGGGGGAUGAAGAUUGUGAGGAGGAUGAGGAAGCUACCCCGGACCCCUACUUAUAUCGAUUCGUGAAAAGGGUGCCGCAGCGACCUCACACGCGUAAGAACGACAUCUAUGUGUCGCGGUCCUCCAGCUUCGUGGCUAUGCAAAAGCGGGCCCUCCGGCUCCUGCACGAAGGCGAAACGGAAGUGGUCAUACACGCCCUCAGUGCAGCAAUGGAGAAGGCAUGCGACUUGGCUCGUGGUCUAGUAGAGCAGAGCAACGGCACGCUCGCUCUGGCGCCGUCCACCUCUACUGUGACGCUCAUCGACGAGUACGAACCGCUCAGACCGGGUCUUGAGCCGAUCACACAAGUGCGAUACAACUCUGCACUGCACAUCCGCGCGUACAGAAUAAACAAGUGA